AGCAGCUCGUCCGGCUCAACACUCGCCCUGGAAAUGAGGCAGUGCAGAUUUUGAGAAAACGCAGCGGCAAGAGACCAAAGACUGGACGCCGGUGAAGUCGAGACAGAACGCACUCUGCCCGCAUCCGCAGCACACCAUGAGGGAAAUUGUUCAUCUCCAGGCUGGACAGUGUGGAAAUCAGAUUGGAGCGAAGUUCUGGGAGGUGAUAAGUGAUGAGCAUGGCAUCGAUCCCACCGGUAGUUACCAAGGUGACAGUGACCUGCAGCUGGAGAGGAUAAAUGUCUACUACAACGAGGCUUCAGGCAGCAAAUAUGUCCCUCGUGCCGUUCUGGUCGACCUGGAGCCAGGAACCAUGGAUUCGGUACGCUCGGGCCCAUUCGGACAACUGUUCAGGCCUGACAACUUUGUCUUUGGUCAAAGUGGAGCAGGAAAUAACUGGGCCAAGGGCCACUACACCGAGGGAGCUGAGCUGGUGGACUCGGUAAUGGACGUGGUGAGGAAAGAGUCUGAGAACUGCGACUGCCUCCAGGGCUUUCAGCUCACCCACUCACUGGGGGGAGGCACAGGUUCAGGAAUGGGUACACUGCUCAUCAGCAAGAUCCGCGAGGAGUACCCUGACCGCAUCAUGAACACCUUCAGUGUCAUGCCUUCCCCGAAGGUGUCUGACACUGUGGUGGAGCCUUACAACGCCACUCUCUCUGUCCACCAGCUAGUGGAGAACACAGAUGAGACCUUCAGCAUUGACAAUGAGGCCCUGUACGAUAUUUGCUUCCGCACCCUGAAGUUGACCACACCUACCUACGGAGACCUCAACCACCUGGUGUCAGCCACCAUGAGUGGGGUGACCACCUGUCUCCGCUUCCCUGGCCAACUCAACGCUGACCUCCGUAAGCUGGCUGUCAACAUGGUGCCCUUCCCCCGCUUGCAUUUCUUCAUGCCGGGCUUUGCGCCCCUCACCAGCAGGGGCAGUCAGCAGUAUCGCGCCCUCUCCGUGCCAGAGCUCACACAGCAAAUGUUCGAUGCCAAGAACAUGAUGGCGGCCUGUGACCCUCGCCACGGACGCUACCUCACCGUGGCAGCCAUCUUCCGCGGCCGUAUGUCAAUGAAGGAAGUGGAUGAGCAGAUGUUGAAUGUACAGAACAAGAACAGCAGCUACUUUGUUGAAUGGAUUCCCAACAAUGUCAAGACCGCCGUUUGCGACAUCCCUCCCCGUGGCCUCAAAAUGUCCGCCACCUUCAUUGGCAACAGCACGGCCAUCCAGGAGCUGUUUAGAAGGAUCUCUGAGCAGUUCACGGCCAUGUUCCGCCGAAAGGCCUUCCUCCACUGGUACACGGGCGAGGGAAUGGAUGAGAUGGAGUUCACUGAGGCUGAGAGCAACAUGAAUGACCUGGUGUCUGAGUAUCAGCAGUACCAGGAUGCCACUGUUGAUGAGAUGGGCGAAUAUGAAGAAGAUGAAAUAGAGGGUCAUGCUUUGCCAGUGUCAAAAAUAAAUAAAAUGUUCUUCAAGAUGCAUUCACUGUCUCAAGUCUCCAAUAAAAGUCCUGUCAAUACUUCGUCAUGUUUUUAUUUGGUAGUUACACAGGUGUCAAGGUUAAUAAUAUAAUAAUAAUAUAGGUCCUUUGGUUGUGAGGUGUUAUAUAUUUACACAAUUCUAUAUGGCAUGAAUGAGAAAUCCUUAUGUUAAGGUGUGAUGAUACCCCACGAACACCCACAAGCAACACAAAACUACUUACCUGUACCUUGAUAGCAAGGACUGUAUGUGUAGCUAAAGCCUGACAUAGCUUAUUUCUUUGUGACAUAGACCUGCAUUGCACAGCUGCACUGGGUGCAUUGUUCCUUAUUUACAAUAAACACGGGCUUUGUAGUUUAUUUUGAGUCAUACACAGUGCUAGUGCAGUAUGUACUGAAUAGCACAGCUGUUUUAGGAAGAUAUUUUGUCUUUGUAUUUCAAAGACAAGGUAGGGAAGUCAGAAAGUCCAGUCAACUGCAUCGUAGUUUUUUGUCUUUUCAUGGGCUCUGUUGACAGUUCCCAACCUUAUCCUGUAGUGUACUGACUUGUGAAAAAAGAACAAACAUUUAGCUCUUUUAUAGCCAAACAUACUUUUGACUAAUGCAGUACCCUUAAGAUGACAAAUAGCAACAUCUGAUCAGAUACAUUUUGCAAUAUAUAGAGUCAAGUAACCACAAUACUUAUAACUUGACUUAAAGGAGUCUGUUUGGUUUGAAUUUUGUAAAAGUGCGGAAGUCACUGUGAAAUUUUGAUCUAUAGCCUUUUUAUGCAGAUAGGCUGACGGAUUGUGACACGUACGAGCAACCAGGAGGAGCCCAGUGACAGUAAUUAAUUAAAUCUUGACAGAACAAACAGGCAGAUAAGCAAUAGCAGAAUGUCAAAACAUGCAUUAAUCACUGCCAAUCUAACAAUGUGAAGCACACCAUGACGGCAGCAUGAGGAAACUUGCCGAUAUGAGACUCGGGCUGUUAACGUAGUCCCUUAGGGUUUUAAGUUUGAAAUAUGUUACAGUUCUGGCCACACCCUAGUACUGACUGUCAAAGCCAGAAUUUUCAGUUUGAAAGCUGUUGAGAAACAUCUGCUUUGACAUGAUGAAUGGCCAUGAGAGCAAAACCAAGAAUAAAACGCUCAACCCAGAGCAGCAAUUUCUAUCCCUGAGCCAGAUGGAAAAAUGCAGGCUUUUCGAUAAGUCUUUUGCGGUGAGUUAGAAGUAAAUCAUUUAAACAAAUUAUCCCAGAGGAAUGACAAGAACACUCUGUGUUUACCCACAAGGAUUCCUACUUUAGUGAGAGUACAAUUACAAACUACCUCUUUUUUUACAUUUUUACGUUGACAGCAUGACUGAUGGUUUGACCUGAUCUAAGAUGGUGGUGGAACAUGUUCUUUGACUUUUGUGCAUCUUCCUUCAGAUUUCAUUGCAACACUCAGAAGCCUGGGGUAUUGACUUGAUCCUCGAGUGCAAAAACAAUAAUUUCAAAAGAUGAGCUGCUUCUCAGCUCUGGUUAGAAUGAUGAACACUAAGCUUUUGAGCAGCCACACCUCAUUUCAAAUCACUCUUUGGAUCAUUUAAGGUAAAUGAUCUGUACACGACUCCAUGAGGGUAACCUGAUUUUCUACAUUAUCUUCCUUGUUUACGUGAAGCAUGUCUGAACCUCACUGAAUGAAGCGUGUCUCAACUGACAAAGAAAUGUGCUAUCGGCUUAAAGUUCAGGAAAGUUUUUCACCUGUCAAACUCCACAGUCAGCACUUUAGCAUGGUUUCCAUAUGGGCAUUUGAGAGUUAGCACCAAAACUAACUUUCAAUUUACACUCAAAUGAUUUUUCACAUCAAAGAUUAUUAACAGGAGUACUCUUAACAUGUUAUCGCGGCCUUUACAGAAUGUGCUGUAGUUGCAGAACAUUUGACAGUGAAUGGGUGAAACACCAAACAUAAAAAAGUCUUUUAGAAAAAGUACAACACAGGGUAAUGAUAUAUUUGUUUACACCUCAUUUGCAGUGCAAAACAAAUACAUAGUGUAUUCGAACGAUGCCCUUUUCUGCUGAAAGCUAGAUGACCAAAACAUUGCAUCAGUUAAAAUUGUCUCUUUAAACUAAGACACUACGUGGAGUGUCAUCCAAACAUGUAUGGCUUUCCAUGCACUCGUUACAAUACUUGUAACCACACAAAAAGCAUCACUACAAAAGCUCUUUUCCAUUUGAUUUUAUUAUGACAGGAGGUGCAGAACUUUGAAAAACGAAUUAACCUCAUUUUCAUAUCCAAUACUGCUUUAGUGCAGCCCUGUUCUAAAGCAAUAUACAGUUUGUAAUAUUCAUACAGCAUAUUAGAAACUACAGAUGGAAACACAAACACAUCAAUAGCAAGUAGAGCAAUAUCAGAGUCAUUCUGCUAAAUGUUUUCAGUGCUUGGCAAGCUCGUCCUUGAUUACUCUGCCUAUCCCCAUACCCAAUUUAUGUUACCUUCACACACGCACUCAAACGCACACGGCGAGAGAUGGAGAAACACACAAUAAAAACAACAUAAUAAAAGCCUAGCUGAUAAUUACGGCACAAUAUAUAUUUGUAAAAAUAGGGUCUUCAGCUAUAAUGUACAUCUCUUAUUUUGUUUUUACAGAAUUGGCACUUAGAACUUUUGGAGUUAACACUUGUCGUAUUAGAAAAUCACAAUUUAGAAACACACACAUAUUCAGUAGAAAUAGUAAAAAGAAUAAGAGUACAACAAUAAAAAUGUUCUUCAGUUAACAGUCUGUGGUGACUAUGUUAUCUUUUGAUCAAAACUAUCAUCUCCCGUCUUGGUACACUAUAUCAUUCAAACACUUUGGCUUUGGUUAUUCAUCAGAUCUACGGUAAAAACAGCAUUUACAUAUGUUCCAAGCAGUAGCCACCUAUUUAACAUCUCCUGAUUAGUUUCAGUAUAACUAAGGUAGCUUCCGGCUUAUGGCACGGAGUACUAUAAAACACAACCAAAGCCAUCUUUAGAAUCACACCGCACUAUGAAAAUAUAGUAGUCAGAGCACCGAAUCUAGUGUUCAAAGCCUAUAUGGAUAAAGGCAACAUUAUUGUAGCUACCUCUGCUAUAGACAUUUUCAAAAUAAUUGAAUGUGUCAAGAUGACUUACGGUAUAAUUAGAGUCAUUUUAACAGAACUUUUGUCAAGUGACUAAAUAUUAGGAUUCUAUGAGCGUCAUGCUAUGUGUUGCUCUAAUCUAGAAGAGCAAAAAGUAAGAUUUAAGUCCGUACCAAUGCCAUGACUAUUUGCCAGGUGCUGGGAUAUGUUAUUUUUCACUCCCUUGUGGGAACUUGGGAGUACAAUCGGAGAUGUAGGGGUGGGUAAACUUUUUGUUUGCUUUUUCCAUUUCCCAUUGGUUGGGAGAUAAGGUCAGAGGUUUUAAGUUUUUGUUUACUCAAGUUCUAGUCAUGUUUACUUUCGCUGUUCCCGCCCUGAAGCCACUCGAGUUUUGUACCGGAAAUAAAUACAGUGCUUUUAGGGCUGUCAUUUGGUGUAGAACUGGUCAUUCUUGGGACAAGAGAAAGAGGGAACUCCCACUUGCCAAGGUUUUCAGUCGGCAUCGGUUUAACAGGAGAAAUCAUGUAAUGCCUCUUAAAAUCAGUUGCUUUGUCUCAAUUCUGUUCUUGACACUAAUACUGCGUAGUGUGCACUUUCAACUAAUGUUCGUAUUAGCAGGUAGCAUACAAGAAAUGCAUGCAGUUUUUGGUAUCAACAAAUGUCAGAAUCAUUUUACUAAACAGCAUUAGUAUGGAAAUCCAAUGCUUUGUACGGCCACAAUGGUCACAUAGUCAAUACCACGUGUUAACUACUUUAAGCAGGUGGGAUAUUACAAGAUGAGGAUAUGCAGAAUUGCAAUUUUGGUCCAACAGACUAAACUAUCCUUCUACCAGUUUUACCAAAAUGUAUCACAAUCUGUUGAACAUACAUGUAUUAAUAUACAGUAUUACAUUUUAUACUGAAAUUGAUUUCAGUAUAUAUUAAAACAAGUGUGAGAUUAGUGAAUAUGCUAAACAAAAGGGCCGCUUUACGCUCUUGUACUGGAUUCAAUAUUUCUCUCAGUGACUGAGACCUUCUUACGUUGCACAACAACUCUCUGGCUUCCUUUCAAUUUGGGUGUGGCUUUCAGAGCAAAUUCCUCAUUUGAACCUGAAGAACCGUGGGAAGCCAGGGAAAAACUCGGAGUUUGAAGCUGAAAACCUUGACCUCUGAUCUCUGAACCCUGCUCUGCAGACCCAUAUCCUGUCUGACCAAUGCCCUGUGCUAAGCUUGCAACUUGCUCUCCACCUGAGGAGCCAUUCUCCACCAACAACACCUGCCUGGACCUGGAGAGGGUCCCUUGUGAAAGGCCUUGUGCUACCUGCCCCGUCACUCCACCCAUUCCUACUUGCCUAUCUACAAGGACCACACCCUGACUACCUUGCAGGCCACCAACCUGCACCAGACCCUGACCACCUUGCAGGCCACCAACCUGCACCACACGCUGACUACCUUGCAGGCCACCAACCUGCACCAGACCCUGACCACCUUGCAGGCCACCAACCUGCAUCAGCCCCUGACUACCUUGCAGGCCACCAACCUGCACCAACCCCUGACUUAGCCCAACUUGACCUACUGCCUGCUGGGUCCCCCCUGCCACAAGCACCAUUUGGGGAUUGGGCUCGACUACAUACAUGGGACUGGCAGCAUAGUACAUAGUGGGCUGCUGCAUGAGCAGCGUCUGACUGGGAAUCACAAUGUUGUCUUGGACAUGCACUGUGGGAGCAGUGGCUGAACCCUGGGCUCUCUCAGUGAUUCGCUCCUCCUGCACAAUGGUGGAGGAUCCAGACGCUACAUUGGAGGUGUUGAGGGUGUUUAUAUUCAUGUGGUCCCUGUCCCUGGUGGUUUCCGCGUGAGUACUGACAUGUGUGUGGGAGGACAUGGAGGGCCAGACAGGAGACACUGGUCUGGGUGGAGAGAAUGAAACCCGUGCAUCCACGGAUUCUCUCACCAAGGUUGACCCCUGACAGAUCUCAGCCAGGGUUUUGAAUUUAGGCCCAAGAUCAUUGAGGAAGGCAAGGUCAUUAUCAUUCUCAAGAAGGCUGCAGCAACCUACAGAACCUGCCAGGGACUCCUGACCUUCAUAGUCAAAGACCAGAAAACCGUCCUUCUGCUGAGAUUGGUGAGCAGCAUGGUCGGAUUUCUGCAAAUAAAUAGAACCGGAGUGUAUUUUUGUUAUAAAAACAAGCUUAAAAAUUCAAAAUGUUUGUUAAAAACCAUUGGACUUGGGUGUUUUAUGUACUCACACUUGAAUAAUACUCCCCCAGGAACUGAUCAGAUAGAGCCAUCCCAUCAAAGGCCCCAGCCCUGUAUUGGGAGAAGCGUUGUCCUUGUCCUGUCAUCAUCCCAGCAUCUACGUAGUCCAUCCCCACCUGCCCCCUGGAAUGACGAUAUUGGUUGUACAGGUCCAUGUUCUCGGAUGUCAAGAUGGAAGUGUUUAGGCCACCGCCUCCACCUGCUGCGCCUCCUAAUUCAGUCAGUCGUCCUUGGUAGAUAUUUCCCUCAUAGGUGUUGAUGUUCCUGGCCUUUAUUGUGCCAAGAUCAACUUCCGCUGGCGCAUGUAGAAGAGGAACGUCCUGUGAGAAAAAUGUCAGAUCCCCAUCAGAGAAGCAGCAUUUUAGGCAAAUUUGUUUGACAAAUGUUUUUAAAACUAAAUAUAUGCAAACGUUGUAUACUAAUCAAAGUACCCUGUCUUCUCCCUGUCCCUCGGUGUGAUAUGAGAUGAGCUGUUGUUUUGUAUCAAAUGGAAUGGCCUUGAAAUCUCCAAUAGCUGCUGCACCUCCACACAGGCAGAACAGCAGCAGCAGGGGCAGCACUGAAAAAGAGUGUCACACUAUGUCAACAGAAAUUCUUAUAAAAAUGUACUGGUCAUGUCAAAUAAAGUCAAACCAUUAAUCAGUGAAUUACUUUAAUUAACAAGAGGGCUCAAACUCAUUUAGAAGACAUAAAAAAUAAUUGUGUAAUAAACCAUGCAUGAGUCAUGAACUGUCUCUUUCAGAAGGUGCAGGUGAUUGGUACUUUCUUUUAAUCUCUCCCAGCACGCUACAACAUGUCUGGUUAGGCAACCUUGUAGAAGAAAGUUGAUUCUUAUAAAAUAACCAAACCCUGGGAGAAAUCAAAUAGGUAUUACUCUACUCACACAGCAGAAGCAGCAGACCCAGGAGCAGAAGCAGGAUACCUGAAGCUCCAAAACCUGCAGUCUUUGUAGUGCGAGACCUACAGCUUUUAGUGCUGGCAUCGCAAUUACACACAAUUACGUCCAUCAUCUGGACAUCAUCACACGAUUUCCCCUGCUGGUCUUUGACCUCCACUGCCACUUUGUACGUGCCUGGCCACAAGUUGGCUUGGUCUCGCAGAAUGACUGUGGUCUCUAAAGAAAGAUGAGAGCCACAUUUUAAAAAGGGGUGCACCAUUUCAUAAAGAAGUUUGUUUGUUUGUGUCUUACUAUAUAUGGCGAAGCUUACUUUGUCUAAACAGAAAUGAUUAAACCAAGAAUGAUCUUUUUCACAACGAACACAUACUUCUCAUGGCAGAAAAAGCACAGAAAAAAAAAUUAAAGAUGGUUCCAUUUGAUUUUAGCGUCUCAGUAAUCCGUGCCAGUGAUAAAAUAUGCACAAUAGCAGUGCCCUGAAACUAAUGCACCUAUGUGGAAUUCAGUAAAAAAGAAAGUGCUUUCCAAUUAUUUUUGCAAUUAUGUGAGCAAACUGCCCCUGGCUAGGUGAUUUUGGAGCUUAAAAUAUAAUGAAUCUGUAGCAACAUAACUUGUUUGUGUUAUUCACACAAAGUUGUACCAUCUGACGCCAAUGAAAUGACAAAUUAAAAAAACUAUACAGCACUGAAAUGAUCACAAUCUGCUUGCAAGUCUUACUGGAUUUGUCUUAAAAAUGCUCUUUAAUGUAAUCCUUGAAGAGUACUUAGCCCGAAAGCCCAUUAAACGCUGAUUUGCAGGAAAUUCGCAGAGGCGUAAUUGUAAUCUUACCAUUAAGAUGCUCCACCGUCCAUUUCCCCUUUUUGCUCCCCUCAAUCACAGUGAACUCAAAUGGUGCAGAAUUGGGAAACUCGUCUUCAUCUACGGCUGUUACGUAGAUCACGUUAUCCUCGAGGCACAUGGUGUGACUAGUAGCGGUCAGUGUCGGACAGUGGUCAUUAAAGUCCUCCACCUGGAUGGCUAUGGUCCCUGUGGCAGUUUUUGAGGGACUCUCUGAAAGCCAAUCGAAAGAGAGAUUAAUGUUUAUCCUCCAGCGUAUCUGUCCACUGGAUCAGAAUGAUCGUCUUUACAGAAACUCACCGUUGCUGAUGCAGAUAAUUUUGGCAUAAUAUGUUCCAUUGAUCAAGAACUUGGACUCUCUGUCAGGUAGUUUAUUCAGCCUGAUAUCUGCUGUCUUUUCAUCAAUAAUCAACCAGUUGUCAUCAUCUUUGAUUUUAGCAUACCUAUAAAUAUGAAAAUACAUCAAUGUGAGGACAAAAAAAACAACAAGCUAUUGAUGUACAAUACAUCGAUUCAAAGCCGCAAAGAGAGCCAUCUAUACAACUGCUGUUCAUCUAUCGCUAUGUGGCCGUACCUUACGUUGGUGGCUGUCUUUAGCGUGUCACUGUCAAUGGCAGCGUAGUUGGCAAUAACUUUUUUGAUGGAGACGGUAGAGUGGUCCUCAGAGAUAGUCACCACUUUGACACUUGGUUGGAAUCGGGGGCCUUCCUUCUGAUUGAUCACAUUGACAUUGACAUUGUAGGCUUUUUGGGUUGUCUCCCCUGCCCCGGUGGCAAAACUGUACGCUGCUUUGUUGGAAACAGCCACUUGCAAGUUGACCAACUUUUGUUCCUCAUAGUCCAAGGCCUGCAGAUUCAAGGAUAAUGCACAGGAUAUGCCGUUCACAUUAGCCUUCGUAGUGACGUUUACUCUGUUCGUUGGAUCACACGGUUUACAAUUUCAGUCUGUCAAAAUGGAACUACACUCUUUUACCUUGUGAAUCAUGAUAAUUCCUUCGUUGGUCUUAGAAUCAGUAGUGAUGUGGAAAUAGCCAGCCUCAUUCCCCGAGAUGAUUUCAUACACAGCCAGCCAGUUGUCAGUGUGAAUCAGAUCCUUGUCAAUGGCUUUGAUCCUCAUCACUUCCACAUUGACAGUGUUCUCCUGCACACUCCCUUCAUACUGCAAAUAAAACACUCAGUUGCUUUAGAACAGCAGUAUUAUGAAAGCCAAUUUCAAAAAAGGAAAGUGUUGGUUGUGGUAAUUGUGUCACACCCACCGAUUCUUGCUCCAGGGUGGGAAUAUUGUCAUUUAUGUCCAGAAUUUUGACCACAAUUUCUCCGCUUCCUGUGUUUCCUCCACUUUGUCCAUUCAAGUCUGAGGCUUGUACAGUCAACGUAUAUGUAUCCUGUCUCUAAAGAAUAGAUAAGAUAUACAAUGCACUGAUUAACACAUUCUAGGUUUUUAAGUUUCCAGCAAAGCCUGUUGACUCAUAUGCGAAUGAUUGUGUCCUCAUAUUUGGUUACAAAUUGCUAGGAAAUGCACAAAAUGCCUCCAUCACAUUGACCGUGACUCAACAGGUAACAGGGAACUAUGUUUUUGAUGGAAAAUAGCAUCUUUACAUAGUGUGAUGAUUCUAAAUGGACUCACCACUGUGUGAUACUGAUCCGGCUACUGUGCUACACGAUAAGAAACCUUUUGGUUGUACAAGAGAAGAAUUUCCGGUCAGUUAAGUGCCUCACCUCCCUAUCGAGGGUGUUCUGUCGAACGUGGACCUCCCCAGUCUGAGAGUUGAUGAAGAACAUCCCAGCUGUGUUACUCUGCUCCACAAUGCGGUAGUACAUCUUGGAGUUUAGUGUGCCCGCUUCAUCAUCAUCAGUCGCUAUAACUCUCAUCACAACAGUACCUAGGAACCACCAGAAGGAAUUGAAUAAUAUAUCAGUUUAUUGAGUACAGGUAAAACAUAACUUAGCCUUCACAAUUGUGUUGUAGAUGUCUUUAAAUACCUGCUGCACUUGAUUCAUUGACAGAUCCAACUUGCUGUACUUUAAUGAUUGGUGGGCAGUCAUUCACAUCCAAAACUUUGAUGUUAAGUUCGAUAUCCUUUUCAGCUUUGGUCCCGUUGGUGAACUUUGCAAUACCUUUUAACUACAAAAAGAGAUAUCAAAACAACGUCACCAUCUUCUCCCUGUGCAACUUGAGGGCUUGACUGUAAUGAAUGUGUUAGUGCCCUUACGUUGUAGAAAGGGAUCUGCUCUCGGUCCAGAAUGGAAUAGAUUUUCACGAAGCCAGUAUUUUCGUCGAUACGAAAUAUACCUUGAGGGGACUGGUCAACGCCAGACCCUGUCAGAUAAUACAAUAUCUUUGUAUAGUUGGCCUUGUCAGAGCGGAUCUGAAAAAUAAAUACACAAACUGAAAAUGAAUCCACUUGAUCUGGAAAUCUAACAUCUUCCAAUUACAAGGAAAAGUGUAAAGGUCUACUGUACGUAUUUAAUACAACAAUUUUAUUUUUUAAACUGUAUUCUAUGAGGCCUUCAGUUUAUGUGAAUGCAAGCAUGUACCAUGAUAAGCAGUGGUGGAAAGUAACUAAAUACAUUUACUCAAGUACUGUACUUGACAAUAUACCUCUACCUCACUACAUUUCACCUAACUCUAUUUAUUCAAAAGCUAUAAUCACAAAUUACUUUAAGAUAAAACGUUACAUAUAACACAUAUGAUCUGUUUAUAACAUAUGAUCUAUUGUUACAGAUUAAACUUAAAAUACAAUUUUAAAUAAUAUUAUACUAUUACACUGACAGGAGCCCCUCUUCAUUGACUACUAAUCAUUUUGAUACUUCUGUGCUUUUACUUAAAGGACAUUCUGAAUGCAGGACUUUAACUUGUAAUGAAGUAUUUUAUAGUUACUUUCAUAAUAUGGCAUCCAAACUGGGUUUUUUUCUCUGACGACAACAACCACAGAAACUAGCUUACAUGAGGUUAAUGACUGUAUAACAAGCUCUAGUUGAGAUGUGAAACUAGGUUACUGCUGAGUAUCUGUCUAAAUAUCAGACAAGGACGCAUUCAUUGUCUCGUUGUGUGCCUGACCUGACUCAUUCAGCCUGGGGAGCUGAUCUUACACAUGCUCGGUAAUACAAACAGUAAGGUGUUGCAUUUUAUGUGACAAAGGUGUGACUUAUCAUUGUAAGGAUGGACAAAUUGAUGUACCUACAAUUAAUAUCAACAUGGCUGCCAAAACGUUUAAAUGAAGAGUUAGGAUAUUCUGUAUUGACAGGAUUCUUUAGAAAGAAAGAAAACAAGUACACACUUUAGCAAUAUACUCCAAGCCGGUGUAAUCGUUGUUCUCAAACAGCUGUCUGGGAGCUACGAUCCAUUCUCUCUUCUGUCUCCGUAACACUGGCCCCUUUCCUUCUGCCCCAACAGGAACAAGCUGCAGGUAAACAAUCAGGGAGGAAGAAACGUGAUCGUCACUAUUAAUGAGUAAUAUAGCUUCAUUCAUCACAUCAAACGGCCCAUUAUUGUUGCUCCUGGCUCUUAAACAUCUUUACACAUUUUUAAAAAAGAGCUUAGUAAAUGUGUGCACACAGCAAAUGGAUUGUUUUAAUGUCAAUAAACUAUGACCUAUAAAACAUUUUAAAUUAACGUGAAGACCGUCACCCUCUCUUUUACUUUGCAAAGUCUACAUAACUUCACACAACAUAACUGAACCCCGUUCACCAUCCUACAGUUUACCAUCUCCCCUAAUGUGACGUGAAAUAUUCAUCAGGGGAAAUCGACAUGUGAUACGUAUGUAUGACUUAUUUAUGACUUUAUUUUCCCCCCAGCAUCAAAGGAGAUAAAGCUGCUUUUACUGGAGAGGAAAUAAUAAAGAGCCGUUCCGUGACAACACAGUAAACAUAGAGACUGCGCUUUUAUUGUUCCUUUCGCAUCUUUGGCCGCAAACCCGAUUCUUUUCACUUAAAACUGCACGCGCACUAAUGAAUCCGGUGAGCUUCGAGCGCCACCAGAGAAAAGCCACACCUGUGUUAGACCCGUUGUCCUAGCCACGGUAUCGGCCAUGCAACUAUGUGAAGCGGCACAAUGAACCCUUUACUCACAGUUAGGAAGAUCGCCAGCAGAAUAAAAGGGCUGCAUUCCCGCAGUGGAGCCAUCGGCUUGAACAAAAAAUAAAAAAAUAAACUUUCUGAAAUCCUCCUCUUGAAGUAAAAAUCGCGACAACUUGACUCCGUCUGCAGUGGCGCUGGUUUCGUUCAGACUUUGACCCUUCGGAGGGGAGGAGGAAGAACUUUUACAGCGAUAGGCGGUUCCUCUCGCUCUGGUUGAUUGCUCACUCGCUGCUGCUGAUAACAGGCGGAGAGAGAAGGGCGCCAUGUCCUCUGAGUGCGUAGCUGCAAUAUUUGUGUGCAGCCUAUUGUCUUUGGUAGGAAGAAGAAAAAAAACAACCAGUAGCUUGGAGUGAGAGGAAAUCACUCCACAAUAGGCAACAACAUGUGUCCAAAGCAGACGAACAUGCUUUUAUUAUGAAUCAUCACUUUUAUUUAGGAUAACAAACAAUGCUUCACAAUAUCGUUCCGUCUUGACUUUGCAGCAUGUGAACAAGUCUGCUUUUUAAUUAUGAUUCUGAUGUUCAGUUAAAGUGUUUUUUUAUUUUUUAGUGUUGGAGUAUUGGAGUAUUGGAGUCCUUUUGGGGCCAACUUUCACAGUCAUCUGUAAAACUUCACCUGUGCCUGUGAAAUUCCCAAAGAGUGCAACGCUCAUAAACAUUGAGCUGCACAGCGGCUGUAGGCGAGUGAGUGCAUGUAAAGCUUAGUGAGUUUGUUAAACAAAGAAAAAAAAACAGGGAGGGGAAAAAACGUUUGCGUUGCUAGGGUACGAGAAACUUUUACUCCCCAUGGUCAAAGGUGUGUGUGUGUGUGUGUGUGUGUGUGUGUGUGUGGGAGAGGAAUAUCCAGUAUGAGCGUUAUCUUGCAUGAUAAGGCCAUCAGUUCAAUGUAACGCAUGGAGUCUGACAGUAAAGCUCACAUUUCACUGGAAUUGUGCAGCCCCAGUGUUAUUUCUUACUCACCGUGAGAGUGAUUGCUUUGUGAGCAAUCACUUAUUCUUCAUUGGUUUACUCAAUCAGCGUCUAACAGCAAUAUGAGCGCAAAGGUGAAAGGGCGGUUUCGAUCGCACCACAAACACACAGCAUAUGUUGCACAGAAAAAUAAAUACUGCAUACGCACUUUUCGCUUUUCAAUCUUUGUUUGUGAAAAUGCAGCAGAGUGAGUUGUGUCACAAGAGCCGGGCGUGUCCGUCCGUCCGCUCUGAGUGAUCAAACCAUAUUUCAGUGUCCUGUAAAAGCAGAUACUCUAACAACAUUGCCCAACACAACCAUCUCACUAUUGGUGUGUGUGUGUGUGUGUGUGUGUGUGUAAUGGCUGUUUGGACAGAUUAAUAACUCCUGUCGGUCUAUAGGUGAAGUAUAUUAGUACGGUUAUUAUUGUAGGCAUUAGAUGCAGUCAUACAACAGUGUGGUACAACUUUUCAGUGGACACAUGCACGUCAUCUUCAGAGCUGAAUCAAAAUAUAAUAAGCCCAUCCAGAUUUCUAUGUGCUUUAGAUAAGUUGCCAGUUUAUUAAGUAGCUACACCUCCCUAAAAUGAAUGCAAUCUAAUAUGACAGCUCUGCAUUGAACAGGUUUUGCAGAAACUCUUUUAGCGAGGUGUUGAUUCAACUUCAAGGUCGGAUCGUGUUGUUAUAUACGCUGAGGUUUCGUCUAAUAUACUGUCCACUCCGUUUAUAUCGAUGAGGGCAAACUGCAUAUUAGAAACACCUCUCCGUGCAUCCACAUCUCAGUAGCUUUUAACGCACACCGUUCGAUGCAACUUGGACACGUCAAUCGGUGAUGUGUUUGGGGUCUUCAGACCCCGUCGCCUCGCGUGGUCCACAGAUCACCCCGCUUGAUCCAGAGCCAUGUCGACCCUGUGAUCUGAUGGCACUCCUGCGGCACAAUUCCAUAGAAAGGUAUUACCAUGACGCCAACACCUCUCUUAAAACAGUUUCGACACGAAACCAGAACACAUCACCUUCACUUAAGUAGUAUUUAUUGUACGGCAGUCCAGCGGUUUCAGGUAGGUGUGCCUGGCUGGAAUGAACUGGUAACUGGCGACAGCACAUUUUGUGACGUUUAAUUGGUUUACAUGUGACCGGCAUUUCAAAUGACGCCCUGAGGAUCAGUCAUCUAUUAGUCACAUCAUUCUCUGGUCUAGAAACGCCACAGAGCAACUUGUCUCACCCGAAUACUAACCAUCGCCUAUGACUUGACCCUGCCUCCCGCUAACACUCACACGGGCGUGUGUCACUACAAUAAAAGGAACAGCCUCAAUGGUCUCAAUCUUAACGAAUUUUAAAUACGUUAUCAGGAAACAUCGUGUAUGAGCCCUAUAGCAUUGAUGUUACAUCCUGGCAGCACACACGAUUUGGUGUCGUCAUGCAGGCUUCAAACUAGAUUUCGCAACAUCGAAUUGAUAGGCCCAGUGUCAUACCUAGGAAGACAACAACAAUACUAAACAGAUGUGUUCAAGCACACAAGCACACCUUGCUAUAACCGAUGAAUUGUACUGUACGUUGCACAAGGAUGACGCAAAGACAGUUUUAUGUCUUUACGUCAUUUGAAUGUCAAAACUGAGUUUUCCUGAGAAACGAAUCAUGUCUGGCUUUCUCCAAACUUUACUAUUCAGCAGAAAAGUCAUGAAGUAAUGCUUUGGAGAUUAAUAGAACAUGAAGCACUUGUUGACUGAUCUGACCACAGUGUGUCAAUGAGUAGAAAGUGUGGGAGGGAGAGGUCAGACAUCGUGUCAACAGUAGAAUGAGCGGGCAAAUAAUGUGUUCUGUGUGCUCCGUACUCACACUGAAGCCUGAGUACGAGCAUAAUUCACUUUCAUUUUAGCUUGGGGGGGGUGACAUAGGAGAGGUAUUUCGCUGAGUCUGUUUCAUAUUUACUCUGAAGGCUCCCAGCAAACCGAGCCCUUUCAUUAUGUCCACGCCCAUGACUCACAGCGGCGCAGUCUUCCUGCCAUUUUUCUCACCUUUCCUGCUGCAGCUCCACGCAGUCUGACUUCCCCACUUAGUUUGAGGCCUACCCCACCACAGUCCAUCCAUGUGGGACGUGUCGUAUAAGGACAGGGGCCCAGUGUUGCUGCCUCCGACCACUCUCACUUUUAUCAGCAGUUUAUAGAGAUAGCGAGCGCUUUCGCUGUGGGAGCAGAGAGCCUCCCCCACACCAGGCUUUCGUUCGGCAUCACAUUCCUGUGGCGUUAAGUGAGGAGCCCAAUUCUGUUCCUCCUACCAGAAUGCUUCAGUGGAGCUGCAGAGGAGAGAGGAGGGAGCAUGCAGGGGUCAAUUUCUGGUUUGAGAAAAACAAGCAGAUACACAAACAAGUAAUUAUACCAAAGAAGAUACAAAAAAAACACAAACACGUAUACUUUUCCUCUGUAGCUUAAACAACUAAAAGCACCUGCUCUGCAUUAAUAGAAAUCAAUGUAAUAUACCUGCAAGACAUUAUAGUGCUUUUACAGGCUCAUAUGGCACAACAAUAAUAAAGAUCCAUGGGAAAUGAUAGUGUUUAGCUUUGUUCUGAUGCCUUGCAACACUCUGGAAUGUUACACAAUGGCAUUAAAUGGCACAUUAAAGCAAUGUU